AUGCACGCCUCCACUAGUCGACCCAGUUUUGGCUGGACAGACUCCUCUGCUGCCUCUAUCAUUAGUCUGUUUCACUAAGGGUUUGAAAAUCUGAAGUUUGACUUCUAGCGAGCUUGUUUGCGCUUUAUUUUAAGUCUAAUCGUGCAACACACUCGGGUGAACAUGUAGAAAUGGAUUUUAUGAAGCUGUUUGGCACUGUUAUCGCCGUUUUGUUCCACCCUGGAUCCACGUCUAAAAUAAAUGGCCAGAGGAUCUGUCGGCGUGGGACAGAGCGCCCAUGCUACAAGGUGUCCUACAUCCAUGACAGCAGGCGGAGGCUGACCUUUGAGGACGCCAGGCAGGCCUGUAGGUCAGAUGGAGGCGACUUGCUCAGCAUUGAAACAGAAAGCGAGCAGAGACUGAUGGAGAGGUUCAUAAAGCAGCUGCAGGCUGGAGAUGGAGACUAUUGGAUCGGGCUCCGCCGCAGCCAACAGCGCUACAGGGCAGGGACCACCAGCCCAGGAUGCCCCUCGCAGUACUAUUGGCUGGAUGGAAGCAAGGCCAAGUUCAGGAACUGGCACUGGGAUGAGCCAUCGUGUGGUGCUGAAAUGUGUGUGGUUCUGUACUACCAGCCCUCUGCACCGCCCGACGAAGAAGGUCAUUUCCUGUUCCAGUGGAACGAUGACAACUGCAACUCCAAGAACAACUUUGUCUGCAAAUACCCAGAAGAAAAAGUACCAGUAUUUACUGAGGAAGGGAAGACAGCUCAUGCAGUUCCAUCUCUGAGGCCAAAUGUUUUCUCAACUACAGAAAAAAAUGAGAGGAUAAAAAUAGGACUACCGGAGUCAUCAGUAUCUCUCUCAGACAACACCCUGUAUGUUUCCUACAUCCUUUAUGCAACUAUUCCUGCUCUGCUGCUCCUGCUGUUUGCAGCUGCUGGGUUCUUCUGCUACAAACAGCAUGCUAAGAGGAGGAAGACAGAAACAGAAGGCUACCCCGGCAGAUCAAAACCAUGGAUGUCAACAACAGCUUCCCCGUACGCCGUACAAGGACCUUACGCCUUUAGUGACAUUACCAAACUGCCUCACACUGCUCUGGACAGCACCGUGCCGGCAAACACCAGGACAAAGUUCUCCUGUGCUCCUUCCCAGGACUCCCAGUGUGGCGACUAUGAGAAUGUGUCGUGUGCAGACAGGGAAAGCGGGUUUGUCACCAAUGACAUCUAUGAGACCUGCAAAGCUCCAAGCCGGCAGACUGGUUGGGUGGAAAAUGAGAUCUAUGGAUAACACUGUAGAUGUCUAUCUGGUGUCUGUGAGUGUCUGUCAUCCUCAUACCAAGUUUUGAAUAUGAACCCAGCUAGAAAGAGGAACACAGUGUUCUCCGACGCUUUCUUCCUGCACACCCUACUGGUUUCUGGUGUAGUGCAGGAUUACUAUACACAUGACUAUGUCAGCCUGGACCUAUGUUAUCUGAACAUAAGUCUGUCUCCUGUGUGUAUCUAGCUACAGGUACUAUAGGUAAGAGAAUAAAAUAUGUAUUUUUGACUACAGGGGAGAACUGUCCCUUUAACCCUUUAUCAGGCAAAUAACUAUAUUUGGUAAUUAGAGUCAGGGAAUAUUUCAAGGAAAAAGUUGCAAAUUUACUAGAUUAAAGUGGCAAACCUACAAGAAAAAAAGUCGCAGAUUUAAGAGAUUUAAAGCUGGAUUGGGUAUCAGUGACAAUGGGGCUGAUCAUUCAAAAAAUUGCAGCAACAAAUGGCUAUUUAUAUGUUAUAUACUAUAUGCAUUAAAUAUUGGAAUUUUAAAUCCUGUCUAUUUUUUGACCCAUUUGUUGCUGCAUUUAACCCUUUA